AUGGCUGAGACGCCCCGGAGCUGGUCGUCCACGUCAGCUUUCCGGUGGAUAAACACGAGCUUCUCUCUGCCGACGUCGCUCAUGCGGUGGCCGAGUCUCUUCUCCUCGUUCUUCACGCAGAGCUGGAGCGACCGCGACCGCGACGGCGAGGGUUCACCCUCCGCGUUCCGGAUCAGCCUCAGCUUCUCGCCGCGCACUUGGUGGUGGGCCGUGAACUACCUAGAUUUCUCCCUCUCCUUCGUCGAAACCGUGAUCUGGUCGCUCAUCUCCGCCGUCGAGUCCGUCGCUCUCGUCUCCAUGCUCUGCUUCUUCUUCCUCUGCUGCGGCUGCACUAUCUAA